AUGCCAUUGCUGAUAAAUGACGAAGAUGUUCUAUCGUAGAACUAGAUAAAUUACAUUAGAGAGAAGAUCUUGUUUGUUUAUUCCAUUGGAUUAUAUUUCCUAGCGGCCAGAUACCUGGUCCAUUUGGAUCAAGUAAGAAUGUUAUUCAUAAUCAACUUUUCGGUUAAAUAUUUUCGUUCUUCUGUUAGAGGAUUCUAGUUUUACAAUACAUUGUGUAGAAUCAACUGUUCAAUUUUUGUUCUUUUAUCACUGAGACUCAUUAGAUUUCUAUUAUUAUGCAAUCGUUAAAGAUAAAUACAAUUAUAGAAUAUUCAUUGGUUUCCAUUCGUUAUGAUUCAUCAUUCGUUUCAUGAGUUGUACAAAUACUGCAAAUAUAUCUAAAACAUUCGCCUUCGUUUUAUUGCUCUGAAGGGAUGGAAAAUUAGAGAAUGACAUAACAUAGUGCGACUGUUUAUACUAAUGAGUUCAAAUGGAUCUACCAGUAUUCGUCGGAUGAAAGUUGAAACUCGAGAAAAGUUAUUACCAAGUCCUCACGAGAAUUAUUUCAUGGCCAGAUCUUCACCGACGAAGAAUUUUCUGAAUUAUUUCAUUGAUACUUUUCGAAUAUAUAAAACGCUGGUAAAAAAAAUAAUCAAUCUACUUUUUAUUUGUAAUAUGAAUUUAUGGUACGACCCGCCUCGUUAAUCCGUAUAUAGUUUACGAAUAAAAAUUUAUUUCAACAUUAAUCCGUCAUUCGUGUACGGCAUUAGCUUUAUGGAAUAUCGAUGGAUCAAUUAACGUCGUGUCUUGUAUUUUCCGCUUACGAACGAUAUCGUUUUACCUGUUAAUUACGUCGUAAUUAACAGGCCAAUGUAUUAUUAUACAUUCAGCUCGAAAAUAUUUCCAAAUGGAUUUUGCAUUACGACGUCGCUUGAUUUAUUUCACGCCUUUAUGAAACAUUAUGAAAUAAGUGCGGUAACUAGAGGAGCGCGGUAAAUGUUCAUCUUCCACGGCUGACAUUAAUACCUUGCAUCUUUUGUCUUCAGGUCAAAAGACUCUGCGGAAGUAUCCCGUGAUGGUGUUCAUUCAUGGGGAGAGCUUUGAAUGGAACAGUGGCAACCUUUACGACGGCACUAUAUUGGCAUCUUAUGGUAACGUCGUCUUUGUCACUAUCAACUUUCGUCUGGGCAUUCUCGGUUUCUUGAGACCUGGAAUCAGAGACGAUACGACGAGUAAUUUCGGGUUGCUGGAUCAAAUAGCAGCGUUACUUUGGUUAAGAGAGAACAUCGCUGAUUUUGGUGGCGAUCCAAACAGCAUAACGCUCGUCGGCCAUGGUACCGGUGCCAUUUUUGCUAACCUGCUGCUUAUCAGCCCGGUGGCUAAUAAGAAAGGUGGCGCACGCCCUCAAUUGUCCCACCACGACUGACAGUGACCUGGCAUUGUGUUUACGUGGCCAAGAUGUAAGCACGUUGCUGAACGUGAAGAUCCACAAGCCGAAUUACGUCCCAGCAUUCGCGCCGUUAAUUGACAAUGUGGUUAUCCCGGAUAAGCCUUUAAAUCUGAUGAAAAACUCUGAGCUAUUUGGCAGGGAGAACUGUUUGAAUAACUGUUGUCCAAACCUGUUGAACAGAUUUGAUUUGAUGUACGGCGUCACGGAAUCGGAGAAGUUUCAUAUUUUGUCGCCGAUAGCGUUGCUACACGGGAUGGUGGACGUGCAGAGAGAUGAAGUUUUACGAGAACACGCCAAGGCAACGCACGAACUGGAAGCAGAGCUAAUUCUGUCGAAGAUUCUGGAACAAUACGGCGAUUUCUCCGGCUUCACGAACGACUACACCUUGAAGAAUCGGGAUCUCGUUCUAGACGCGCUAUCUGACAGCGGUACCGUCGCGCCAUUAAUUAUGACCGCGAAUUUGCACUCGAGGGCGAAUCCGAAGAGCUACAUGUACGUCUUCUCGCAUCCGAAAGCGAUGCAGGAGUACUCCGGCCAACAACGUCAGUGCACCGUACACGGUGAGGAACUGCCCUACGUUCUCGGCGUCCCUCUCGACAGCAGCAAAUACGACCAGCGUCGCCGAUACAAUAUCGGCGAAAUACUCUUCUCCGAAGCAAUGAUGAACUGGUGGUGUAGCUUCGCGUACGUGGGGAAUCCAAACAUCGCGAAGCGAUAUCCUUACCUGACGGAUGGUCCGAAGGAAUGGCGCCAGUACGAUAUCGAUUGGCCCGAGUACGAACCUCAAAAUCAGACCUACCUUAAUCUCACGAUCCCACCGAGCACCAACAGGUGUUAUCGAUCUGCAGAGAUGCAAUUUUGGAACGAGGACGUACCUUAUUUGCUUCGUCCUCCCGGUAAAGGAGCAUCGUUGCCGAUUCGACCCAAAGGACCGAGGCCGCAGAUUCUCGACAUCGCGGAUAGGAUCGGAAAGUACGCGAAUGCGAGCAGAGAAUAUGACACCUAUGGUUCCAGAUUUAAGGCCGACGAUCGUUACGAGCCGUCGACAACUCCGGACUCCACAACUUCCUCGCAAUCGGACGAAGAAGUGAUCCCACAGCCAAGCGCGCCGAAAAGUUCCUCCGUGGUCACUAUGUUGACCGGUUUCGGCCUGGUGUUCUUGUUGAUCAAUUUCACGGCGUUCCUCUACUUGUACUGCAAGAAGCACGACGCAAAAUCGAAAGGGACAGGCGUGAAGAGACGCGCCAGCCAGAAAGAGGACUCGAAACGGGCGAAAUCGGACAAGUAUGAGAAUCACUACGGAGAGCUAGGUUACAAGAGUGAUAGCAAGCCGGAUCUGAACGACGUGAUAAAGAACGACAAGGCGUACGACAACAACUCGAACUUUGGCAGACGCUCGAAAUUGUCCAGACAGAACUCUGGAUCCACUAUCGACACGCACGUCAAAGUUAGAGAAUGGAUACAGCAGGAGAUCGUGCACAGGUGUUCCCCGAGGUUUUUAAGGAAAACGCGUGAGACGUUGCAAAAAGAGCACCAGGACAAACUGACGAAACAACAAGAAGUGGAGAAGAAGAGAUUGGAAGAAGCACUAUCGAAAGAAAGGAAAGAGGAGCCGAUCUACGACAAAGGUCCGACGCUGGUUGUACGCCCUGGCAAGAAAUCAAAGGUCCCAAAGGUCUCCGUAGCCAUUGACGCCACACCCGCGACCAGAACCGAAUCGAUUCUGAACCAGGUGCCUAUCGAGCUGGCGAAGGUCGUCGAACCGGACGACACGUUCGACAAGAACGUCGACUAUCCCACGAUCAAUUUCAGCCAGUUACAGACAGCUCCUCAAGUGGUUGUCAUAGAGCACCAUCACUCGAAGAGCGACCCGUUGCCAAUGGAGAACGUGUUGAAGAGCGUGAAGCCGAAUUUCUCCACGCCCAGGAUAUACGAGUCCGAUUCCGGUAGCGCCAGCAGUCUUUACGCGAAGAUCAAUCCGAAGUUGAAGUCCCGUUUGCUUCGUCCCGAGCUGAAUCCUGAUGGAUCGACGAUAGAUCAGACCGAGGAGAUUUACAUGAAGAUGGGGCCAAAGUUAACUACGUUUGGUGUGAACAGUCCGCCAGGUUGCGAUAUAAACGUGACUUGUAGGGAACCCGUGGCAGAGAGGGAGUGCGUCAGCCCGGAGGAAGCCCUGAGGACGAUCAAGCGCAGAAAUUACCCGAAAGUUCUGCCAGACAUCGAGAAAAGACGGUCCCUCCCGGCGCCGAGCAGCUUGUUUGCGUCCAAGCAGCAUGUUGGUUCGUUGAAGGAUUACAGGAGCGGAAUGCAUUCGUCCUCGUCCUCUCAUCAGCCACCUCAACCUCCUCCGAGGAUGUUUGGCCCGUCCAAGAGUCUCGAGUUUGCAGAGGAGAAGGAGCACCAGCACGAGCCGGAAUCGGUCAUUACCAAUCUCCAUGUUGGCACGUUGCUCAGAAGGCAAGAUUACACGACGAAGAACAAUUCCGACCCGAGUAUCAUCGACUCUCUGGACGACAGAGUAGACAGGACGAGGUCGCAGGCUGGUGGAAGCGUCGACACUAUUUAUUCAAAUGCCGUAUCUUGCGUGCAAGAGGCGAUUCAGCCGAUCUCCCACAGCGUAGACAAGAACAUAGGAAACCCGAUUGCCCUGCUGGAGGCGGGGAUCGGCAAUCCUAAUUGGUACAAAUCUUCUCCGUCUGGGAACGAUACUUCUAUGGCGACAGCGUCGUCGGAACCAAGAAUCACUGGCAAAGAAACAAACAAACAGCCUGAAUUCGGGGGCUCGAAUUGGGACACGCGGAUCGUCGGCGUGGAACCAAGGAUUGUCAUCACACCUAGAGUUGGGAAUCUAUUGGAACAGGCGAACCAGAACUUAAGUCAAGUCGUGGUGAGUCUAGCGGAUACCGUUCCCGACGAGAAGCUGCAUCGAGAAGCGAAACUCGCCGCUCCGCUGGAAUCGAACACGUCCGGUAGAUCUAAUGCAAGCUCGACGGAACAAUUGCAAUCAGACUCGUUAGGUUCGUGUGCCUGUCCGGAUUCCAGAUCGCCAAAUAUCGUCAGCCAAGAACGGAAAGAACCGCGAAUAAUAAUUACAGCGAGGGACGCCAAGGGUGCGUCCUCGAACUUGAAGCAACCAAAAAUUAUCAUCAAACCUACAUCAACUCUGCAGAGGACCAGGGAUCACAGAAAUAUUCCGAAAGUGUCUGCUAUCCCGCCUCCGGAGCAAAGCUGCCAGAGUAUCGAUAGGGACAAGUUGGCGGAGCAGAGGGAGAAGCCACCCCUGAAGGAGAAGCCGAAGGUUACGAGGAUUCCGUCGUUUUCCAGACGCAGGGAAGAACCUCCCGGCGAAAUUGAGAGGCCACCCAUUCCACCGUAUCCCGAGAAGACGGAAAUCGUGCAUAGGGUGGAGGCAGUGGCCAGCGGCAAAGUGGUGAACAUGUCCGUGGCCAGUGAUGGCAAGUCGAGCAUUCCGACGCUGCAACGGAAGGAGAGCGAGAAGUGUUCGAGCGCGGAGUCGAGCAACGGGGCCUUGAACACAGGCACGAUCAAAAAGAAGCCGGUGAAUAGAAAGUAGGAAGCUUCAAUCGCCGUGCUUCUCGCGCCACUGUUAAACUUCGAUUGUGUAUUUUUCAGCCGAGAGUAGUUUUCUAUGUUUGGAAUCAGCAGUCCUCUGGUCCGCGUGACGCUGUAAUUCUUUCGUGA